AGAGUGCCCCGGCCCUGGCAGAGGCCAGCAGCGCCCGGAGCCCCGCAGCAGCGCGCCGGGCUGCCCGGAGCCCCGCGAUGGAGAUGGCAGAGGCGGAAUUGCACAAGGAGAGGCUGCAAGCCAUAGCAGAAAAAAGAAAGAGGCAGACGGAAAUAGAAGGGAAGAGACGACAGCUUGACGAACAGGUACUGCUGCUUCAGCAUUCCAAGUCCAAAGUGCUUCGGGAAAAAUGGCUGCUGCAGGGUGUACCAGCGGGAACAGCGGAGGAGGAGGAAGCCAGGCGCAGGCAGUCUGAAGAAGAUGAAUUCAAAGUCAAGCAGCUUGAAGAUAACAUUCAGAGGCUGGAGCAGGAAAUACAAGCGCUCGAAAGUGAAGAGUCCCAGAUAUCCGCCAAAGAGCAGAUCAUCCUGGAGAAACUGAAGGAGACGGAGAAAUCCUUCAAGGACUUGCAGAAGAGUUUCUCCACUGCUGAUGGAGCUAUAUACGCCAUGGAAAUUAAUGUGGAGAAAGACAAACAAACAGGAGAGACCAAGAUUCUCUCUGCAUCCACCAUUGGCCCAGAGGGGGUCCAUCAGAGAGGAGUCAAAGUCUAUGAUGACGGUACCAAAGUAGUGUAUGAGGUGCACUCGGGAGGCACCGUGGUAGAAAACGGAGUCCACAAAUUAAGCGCAAAGGAUGUGGAAGAGUUAAUUCAGAAGGCGGGACAGUCGAGCUUCAGAAGACACAUGUCAGAAAGGACUGUUGUUGCAGAUGGGAGCCUGGGCCAUCCCAAGGAACACAUGCUCUGCAAAGAGGCCAAGUUAGAAAUGGUGCAAAAGUCCAGGAAAGAUCAGUCUUCAGGAAACCCCGGGCAGCAGGCCCAGCCCCCCAUCACAGAAGAGCCAGGGGCAAACCUGGAUCAACCAGUCACCAUGAUUUUUAUGGGCUACCAAAACAUCGAGGAUGAAGAGGAGACUAAAAAGGUGCUAGGCUAUGACGAAACCAUCAAGGCGGAAUUAGUCCUGAUUGAUGAAGACGAUGAAAAGUCGCUAAGAGAGAAGACAGUGACGGAUGUGUCCACAAUCGACGGGAACGCAGCUGAGCUGGUGUCGGGCAGGCCCUUGUCAGACACCACAGAACCCUCGUCCCCAGAAGGCAAGGAAGAGAGCCUGGCCACAGACCCGGCCCCAGGUACCCAAAAGAAAAAGCGCUGUCAAUGCUGUGUUGUCAUGUGACUACUUCUUUCUCCUCCCUUUUCUUCCGGGCAGCCUCUCUACUCUCCACCUCUUAAAUAGACUUCACUGUACCACUAACUGCGAUACUGUGAACCGGAAGCAAACACCUGCCUUGCCUCGCAGUUGGAUUUGCUUUGAUCUCUCGCUCACAUCUUUCCUUCUCCUCACUUGGGAAACAACGUGCAUGUGUGUGCUUCAUUUUUUUUCCCCCAAGAACUUACUUUUUCCUCUAAACCUUUCUUUGUGUCUUCAAGAGUUGAAUCAGUACGGUACUACUUGAUUGGAGUGGACUCUUCAUAGCAGCUGGUUAUCUUGUAGCCUUAAUUGACUUGACUGGACUCCAACCCAUGGGCACCGGGGGUUUUCAUUUCGGCGUGUGUUCCUCUAACCUAGACACACACACAAACACACACACACACACACACACACACACACACACACACACACACACACUGCCAUGCCCCUGGCUUCUCACCUGCCUCCUUUGUUGUGUGGAUCUGUUUUUAUAUCUUGUGUAGCAAAAUGCUAUGGGCUGUUAGCCGGUUGCUAGCGUAGCCAAAAGUGGACCUACCUUAAUCUGGCCGUUCUAGGAUGACGCUUUUCCUUUGCUGCCUUACCUAAGCUUUCAGAUUACAGUAUUGUGCUUUCCUUCUGUUAAAACCACAAUGAAGUUGAUGAGAGCAAAGAACCCAGCGCCUGUCCCAGCAGGAGUGUAGGGACUGACUCACCACCUGGUGGUCGGCAGCUCUCUCUUUCUAUGGCUUACGCAAUGAACCCUUCAUACAGGAUUUUCUAAGGACCUCAGGCCACCAUUGCUCUCUGCGCCCCGUGCUCGCCAGUCCAUAAGCCUUGUUUCCAUGCUCCCCCAAAGUGUAAAGUUUCAUACUGUUUUCUUUUUCAUGUAUGUUUUCUGAUAGAACUCAUCUAUUUUCAAAGAGGGGAUCAUUUUGAGAAGUCUCUCUGCAGUGACCAUAUUCCAUAAAACAGUCUUUCUGACAUAGGGGGGCUGUCAUAAUACCCCCACUGUAUCAAGGAUGGUGCUGUAUGCAUUAACUGUCCAUCGCCUGUGCCCAGUUGAUUAGUCCUACAUCUGUGCUUUUUUUUUUAAUUUAAUAUCCUCAUGGGUAAGAGAAUGUUUCACAUAACAUCAAUACAUAAGUCUCUUUACUCAAAAAACAAAACAAAACAAAACAAAACGUUUCAAUGAAAAUUGUGAAAAAUGUUGAAAGAUGAAGAUUUUGAAUUCUACCGCAUAGUCUAAGUGGCUCGUUCCUGGGCUUCUUAAAGCACCGUUUCUUCGUGUCUAGGAAUUAUAGAAUAUUGAGGAUUUUUUUUUUAAACUUAAACUUGAUAAACAACCCUUGAAAUCCAUAGUUUGCUCUGCCCUAAACUGGAUAGCCAUGUGUUUUCUGAAAGCAAAAGGAAGGGAUUUAGAAAAAAAAAACUAAUACAGGAGAAAGGGAAGUGGGGCUGGUGCUGAUUCUAAUGAGAUAACUUCAUUUAACCAGACACCAUAGUUUCAUACAAAUCAGCAACAGAAUCAUGUUUGUUCCCAUGGAAGAACCACACGCUGUGACCUGCGAUGUCACGUCUUCACAUAUUUUGGAAGUAGCUCAGAAAAAAAAUAGUAAUAGUAAGAAAUCCGGAGGAUCGCAGCUCAGAACCAACUAAAUCUGCCCUGUUUAACUCGUUUGAGGAUCAAUCUGAUACUUUGUUCAUUUCUUGGCUUGAAGUUAUAUUUAUUAUAAUUAGAGGGAAAUGACAUUUUUAUUUCUGUUCUUCUUUUCUCGGGUAGUUUCCUUUUCACUGAGCACAACAUGAGUCAUUUUUAAUCUUUAAUAAGUAAACAAGAAAAAUUAAAGAAAAGAAUAGCAAGGGAGUAAACAAAAGUUUCCCAGAUUGUUCCCUCCACGGUUUCCCCGUGAGGUAACUGGGAAUUAUUGCUAGGUCUGGGCUUCGCAAAAGUAUCUGCGGUAGAUCGCAGAGGCUCUGUUAUCUGGGAACUAGGCUCCUGUGCCAACAGCCCUCACUGCCCUAAACUUCAUUUUCCGCCAGUGGUUAAAUAGCACACAAGCCUUGAACAAAAGGCCAUGUGGAUAAACCCAUUUCCACAGAAGGAGAAACUGGUUCUCAUGGUUUUAGACAAUCUAUCAUCUUAAGAAGUCAUUUGGGAAAUAUACAAUCUAAAAGUUUACUUAGCCUGUCUCUUCUACUCUCUUGGGGAUUUGGACUGCUCAGUGUGAGGUUUCAAAAGCACAGUGAGGGAGUGGACCGCAGAGCUCAGAGCCCCUGGGCAAAGGAUAACUGCCCUCCCCUAAUCUAUUGGUCAUUAUUAUGAGCAAGUAACUAGCAAACUCUGAGUGCUUUUGUUAUUAAAGAAUAUCAUUUAAUUGAAGUUAGGACAUAUUGCCCUUGUGAAAAUUAUUUAUGGAUACAGUAAAUGAAAGUAUGUUUGAAUAUGGCCAAUGUUCGCAUACUAUUCCAGUCUCUGUGGGAGACCCAAGUUCAGCCAAUCCUUUUUAUGGAAUGAGCUAGAUCAGCCUACCUAGAGCAUCAAGUCAUGCAUGGCCUUGGUGAUGGAGAUGUAAGCAGGGACCUAACUGUGACUCUGCCUUCCCAUGCUUCUCUCCCUCUUUCCCUCUCUCCCUCCCUCCCUCCCUCCCUCCCUCCCUCCCUCCCCUCCCCUCCCCUCCCCCUCCCCCCUCCCUUCCCCUUCCCCUUCCUUUCCCUCUCCCUCUCCCUCUUUCCCUCCUUCCCUCUCUCUCUCUUUUUCUGUGUGUGUUUCUGUCUCUCUCUCUCUGUCUCAGUCUCUUUCUCUCUCUCAUUUCUGGUACCACCCCUUCUAGAAGCAAGGCAUGUGGCUGUGUGGUCCUAACCAGACAUAAGCAGAGUAAAGAAUCUAUGAUGAAGUCGCAAAAGCACAGGCUUGUUUUGAGCUAAUGUUAAUUGGUCUGUUUUUAAAAAUAUAAUCCAUUUCCAUCAACCAUGGUGGAGCAUACUUUUCAUCCCAACAUUAGGGAGGCAGACGUAGGCAAAUCCCAGUUAGUCUGACGCCAGUCUGGUCUAUAUAGUGAGUCCAGGUUAAUCAGGGCUACAUAGUGAGACUCUGCCUCAGAAAAAAAUGUACACACACAUAUGUGAGAUAUAUAUAUAUAUAAAGUUCCCUUUUAAAUAAAAGAGAAGAAAUUGAAGAAAAUUAAUAUUUUUAUUUCAAUGGUAUUUAAUUAGAUUUUUCUUUUUUGACAGUUACAAUGGCCAGGUCUAGCCCUACAUAUUUAAAAGAUCUUGAAUAUUCUUGACAUUUUUUUUCUUUUAACUAAACUUAGGGGAUUCAUUUUUAACCUUUUGCCCAUAAUUAUAUCCUUUUCCUUAUGUAACAACAAAAACCAAAUUGCUUCUAAGAUGACUGGCUGCGUGGUGAUUCCAGUUAACACUGACAGUGUUGAGGAGAGGGCGGAAAAUCUCCCUUCUGUAUUGAGAUCUUAUAACAAGGCAACUGCAUAUAGAGCGCUCCCCGGGGAUACAGUAUCAUCUCGGGGACAGAACUCUGGAGCCCAACUCCUUCACUGCCAGAAUUUUCUUUCCAGGACCCACAGAACACUCUUGAAAACUAUAGGCCACUUAACGUCAGAACCAAUGGGUAUCAGAAAAACAGAGGCUAGAGUAAAGAGAUAGAGGGAAAAUACUGAGACACUUGCCUUGUUCCACUGGAAACACAGAUGAAGGUAGACAGAACAGGCACUGAGGACAUUUUUGGUUAUGUUGUUCUUACUUAAAACUUACACAGGGGGUUACCUCUCUCGUGGCUGGGAGGCACUGGAAGCUUGCCCUUCCUGGCAGACACACCCUCCCGCCUGCAGCAUCAGCUUACAGUUCAAACCCUUUCAGGGUGAACAGUUUCAUACUGUAUUUUUUAAUAUCCACAUUUAUAACUGAUUCUGUAAAUUCUCAGCAUCUUAAAGAGAUAGGUUUCAAACCUUUAUGAAUACGCAAUUGUUUGAAAGCUCCCUGAUCUCUUAAUCAAGGUGUAUUGAUUAAGACAGACCUGGAAAGCGGUCUUUGUUCUACUGGGUUAGUAAAACACAUGUAAAACAUCUCAAACUAAUGAGAAAAAUGGGGUCGUAGGUCUUGCUGGCAGUUCACCUUCACAAGCUAGCCUUUUUAGGACUUGCCAGGAAAACCUGCCUGCAUCUUCUAGGGAAAAAUCCAAAAUCCUUCAUUAGAAGAGUAAUAAAUUCUUUAUGGCUUCAGCAAACUUCUUAAGUCCACUUCACUAAAAUUCCAAAUGCUGAGUGUUUACAUGUAGAGAGGUAAAAAGACUACAUCCUGAAAUUUUUUUAAAGAAAAUUUCACCAGUGAUCCUCCGAGCAGCUCUUCCGAACAUUUUUACCUAACUCGAGGCCUCUGUAUCCCUUCCCUACUCCAGUCUAACCCCAGAAAGCCAGAACUGCCACAAAAAGGCCGAGCUAUCAAUGUGAAAAUAGGUAACAGAGGGACCACAGACUUUGUCCAUCACAAAUCUGGACAGCCUUAACUUUUGUAACAAUAACAAUGGUGAUGACCGUGAUGAUAACAGUAACUUUCACUGUCUUCUCUUACCAGGCAGGGGGACACAAUGUUUCCUGAUGUUCUCAUAUGACUUUUUUACACAUUGUGACUAUUUCUAAGUUUCUACAGGCUGAGGUGUGAAUGGUCAUUUCUUCCCCUACUGCCUCCAGCAGGUCACCUGGGACUUUUUUUUUCCAAGUAACUGCAUUUUGGGGGUUGAUUGUUUGUUUGUUUUAAUAAAAAUAAAAGCACCUCUCACCAACCAUGAAAUUUUCCCUUGGCUCCUCGCAACUCCUUCUGACUUGAAAGAACAGAAUCCCAGAAAGAAAAGACAUACAGGGUGGUUUUCUUUUCCUCUUCUUAUGUGGUUGAUGUACUGUAUAGCGUCUAUGUUUACAGACUCUAUCUGCCUUGUGAUGUCAGCACAGUGAAUGGCAGAGAAAGGGUUCUGAUGUGCCAUUGGAUCGUUUGCCUUAGCACUGAAUGCUUCUGUUUUCCUUUUCUGUCUUGUAUUAAACAAACAAACAAACAAACAAACAAACAGAAAUAGAAAGUUGUAAUCGAAAGCUGUGUUAACACAACAUUCUCUUCCUCACUCCAACCCAGAGCUGUGAAUUCCAUCCCAGGAGCUUCAGGCAGAACUUGCAGGUGUGCAGAGGGGUUAAUGUAGGCAGAGCCUGGGCCUUAAUGCUGCCCUUCUACUAACUGAAUGUGUUUCUGGUGCCCAUCUGAGCCUGCAGAAUCACUCUGACAUUCCAGGCGCAGGAUGCAGGGAGUGCGUGACUUCUUACAGUGACUUCCUCACUGUGCUGCCUGCUGCGAGCAAACUUUUUAGGCCCCCUACCUGGGUCCAGGAGCACAGUUGUAAGCACAAUUGGACUAGCUUGAAAAGGCAAGAAAUAUAGACUUCUAUGGGGCCACCCCUGAAAGCCUGUAUUUACUGUAGUCUAAAAUGAGUCUCAUGGUAUAGGUGGGGGUAAGGAGUCACUAUAGAAAUGGAAUAUUUUACAUUUAUGUAUUUUUUUAGAGAAUAAUAUUUUUAUAGUGAGAUCUAUAUGCAUUAUGGAGCUUGAGUUUGAAAACACCCUCGAUUGACUGAGUUAUUUCUUCAUUCCCUUAUGGUUUCUUUCUGGUGAUUUCUAUAGCACUAACCCAGAUAUUGUGACUCAGCCUUAUACUGCCUCUGUGUCAAAUCCAAAGUUUCCAACAGAUGCAUGCUGUAAUAUUAAGCUUUCUGUGCUUGGCCCAUUAGAUUGUAUUAGUUUGAUGGUCCUUUGGACCAUUCCUUCAAUAAUCUGUAACUGUCUUUGGGAAGGACAUGGCAUUUUUCCAUGCAAGAGAAACCUAGUUGAUCAGAGUCCAACUCUUUCACACACUCAAGAAGUAAUUGCUGGGUUUAUGAUACAUCUACAUAUAUGCUAUAAAAUAUAUGAAAUGAUGAAUUCAAAGUAUAUAAACAUCUACACUGUCAGGAGUGUCCAACCUUCUGACAUUGUAACAUGAUGUCAUAUAAAACAUUGUGGGCAUUCACUAUCUGGAAUGCAUUCAGUAUAUUAGCUGCAGGUUGGACAUGCCUGAUCUAUAGUCUAUACAGAAAUACAGACAAUGUCACACUCACCUCAUUGGUCUUCUAUCCUUGCUGAGGUUGCGUUGUGAAUUCAGAGGUUGGUAGAAACGGAAAGAAUGUUAUCUUUAACCAUAAGUGGGACUGUGAAUUUGUAGUUCUUGAGUCUUUUACCCAAUUUUAUGCCAAAUCUAUGACUCCCUAUCCCUGCCCAUCCCUGUAUCCAGUUGCCUGAAUGUUUCAAACCUCCAAGUCUUCACACCAUUGCUGUUUAGCUCCCUUCCCAGACAGCAUCCUUCCCCAAGAGACCACACCCUUUCCCAGCAAGGCAAAGUCAUAAAUACUUUUUUUUCUAUUUCAAUAAAAAUAACCCCCCCCCCCUAGUUCCCAAAUAAAUAAUUUUAAAAUCUUCAUCACCGGAAUCCACCUCCCCCCCCACCCCCCACUCUUCCAAAAAACCCAACUCAAGCCUGUGUGUGAACCUCGCUGCCAAGGAGACAGCUGCAAAAAAUAAAAUAAAAAAUAAAAAAACGACAAGAACUAUGCAAUUGCUUGAAGGUGCUGAGGGAGAGCCAGUUACUCUUGUUACCAAGGAAACCUCCUGGCUUCCCAAUUGGGUGGGCAGGACAACAUCACUGGGCUUGCAGUGACAGGUCUCUAUAUAAAGAGGUCAGAAGUCACCAGGCACUGUCUGAUCUGAGCCGUUCUGCGUGUAGCUCCACUGAAUUCCAUGAUAUGCUAUUGGGACAAGCAGGAAGAAAUGUUUUGUCUUUUGCAGGGUUCUGGAAUAUUCUUUCUUCCUUUCAAACUCCUGUCUUAGGAGAGACAAAAAAAAAAAAAAAAAAAAAAAAUCUUAACAAGGGUUCCAGAAAAUGUUGUGUCUGAUGCAGCUUUUCAGUUGAAUGUAGGCUGUUGGUAGGAUUUUCAGCUUUACAGCUCACUCGGGGUGAGCGGCACCUCUGUAUAUACACCCAUUCGUGGUUGGUCAGGGGGGGGGGGGGGGCUGGGAGCCUGUUGUGCUUACUCUGAAUUAGACUUACUGGGGCUAGCUGCUGUACUUUGUAACCUGAAGUGUACUUUGACUGUUCUGUUUCCUUCAGAUGAAAACAAAACAAAAACCAAUUUCAAAAAAAAAGAAAAAGAAAAAGAAAAAAAAAAUCCCUGCCAGCCAGCGACAUCUGAUGCUGUGCGCGUAGCUUCUCUUUUCCUCUGUACCAGUGUUAAUAGACAAUAAACUGCCUUCUCACUGCACCUA